AUGAAGCUUCCUGCCAUCUGUGCACUUUUCGUCGUCGCGGUUGUUGGAUCACCCACUCCUCCAUCUAGCGCUCGUUCCAACAUAGGCCGCACACAACGCAUUCUCCUCAACACCGCUGGUAGCAACUCAAAAGCGGUUGAUGCGGAGAGACAGCUUGAUUAUGUAUCUGAGAAGUACGCUGCCACCAUGAGGGCCUACGAACGGAACACAGGAUCUCCCCACCCGUUGAGUAGUCACUUCAACGUUCGGCCGGUGGCGAAGCGGGCUACGAAUGGAAGUGUACCCCUCACAAAUUACAAUGCAGACCUUUGGUACGGCUCGAUCGAAGUUGGCACGCCUCCGAAACAAUUUACAGUCCUUCCAUCUGUGAAAUGCACGGCAACCUGUGACGGACAUAAAAAAUACGACCCCGCUGUGUCCUCUUUGGCCAAAGAUUCUGGGGAGCCGUUCAUACUCGUCUACGGCUCUGGAGAGACGGUGGGCGAAGAGUACUCUGAUGUCGUUUCUAUUGGGGGCUACAGAGCCAAUAAUCAGACUCUCGGCGCCGCAUCGGCAUAUUCGCCAGCGUUCAGCGAAAUCUCGGAGUUCCAGGGAUCGCCACUUGUCGAGACAUUGAGCGAGAGCGGUCAACUGCCACAAAGUGUCCUGGGGUUCAAGCUGUCCACUACCACAGGAGAUAGCGAAAUACUCAUCGGAGGAACAAACACGAACCUCUACCGCUCCGACACACUCACGUAUAUUCCUGUGACAAAGAGGGGCUACUGGCAGGUGGAGCUAAGCAGCAUUUCGAGGUCGGGGCAGAAGAUCAAUAGGUCGCACUCUGUUCCUGCGAUCAUCGAUACCAGGACCACCCUCGUCAUCAUGUCUGAUUCAGUCGCACAACGUUACUACGCGAACAUAUCUGGCGCUAUACCCCACCCGGUGGGCGCAUAUACGUACUGGACAAUUCCGUGCAAUAGCAUGGAUUCAGCCGUGCCUACAUUCACGUUUGGCGGACGCACCUUCACAGUAUCUGCGCAGACGUUCAACCUCGGGCCAGACACCAAUUCAAGCGAUUGCAUGGCUGGGAUCGCUUCGUCUUCAGCAUUGAGUGCGUAUAGCCUGUUCUUCAACCGCGUAAAUCGUACUCUGGACGAAUCCUCUGUCGCGGAAUUGAGCCCCAACGCCGUCAAGGAACUCGUCAAGAACAAAGCAGACACCGAUUUAAAGGAAAUCUGCAUAGGAUCCUAG